CAAAUGGAAUUACUUUUUUCCAUCAGAUGUUUUAAAACUGUGCUAAGGAAUGUGUAAUGAACAGACAGAAGAGAAGCCAUUCUGUUGGGUUUUCCACAUACUGUCUUCAGAAUACCAGUGCCUCUGGAUGCCGCUGUGGUUUGGGAGACCUCCACCUGAAGAUAUUAAACGCAACGAGGCAAGAUUUUACAUAAUUUCCGCUUCUCUCCUUUAGGAAAAGCAAAGCCUUUUCUCCUGAUUCACCAAAUUAACACUGACCACCCUCGUCACUAAUGAAAUUCCUAUGGUGGUCUCAGGAAUGGAAGUCGUGGAACAGUCGGAGGCCUGGGCCCCUAGAGUGAAGAGGCCGUGUCAGGAGCUCCCUGUGUUAGGCCUGGGAGGUUUGAAGAAUAUAUACAUUGAAGAACAGAAAUACACGACACAGGGUUGGGCCAGUUUGAAGGAGCUCAGAAUUUGGAGGGAGUGCCACAGAUGUCCAGAAGGAUAUUUCCAGCUGUGUCCAGAUGAGCAGGAAGAAGGCACAGACUCAUUCUCAGAUGCUGGUGGUGUCGUGCUCACAGAUCAAUGCCCCCUGCCAGGAGGGACGUGACCAGGACCUGGCUCCUGCCUAGACACAGGCCCUUCAGGGGACUCAGGGAAUGCAUACCAGGCCCCAGCAUGUGGGCAGCAGUGCCUGGGGGGACCACAGAGCAGGAGGGAUGGCCCAGCGGCGGGAUGUGGCAAAUUCACUCACUCAGGGGACACCUGCCCACAUGGUACGUCCUGGCUGCUGGUGGCAUGGCAGAGAGCUGGAGACAACACCUGUCCACAGGAGCGGAAUUCCAAUUUACAGAAAGAUGGCUUUUAGAAGGAUGUGGCCCUCGCCACAGCAUGGCCUCCCUGUGCCCCCUGGCAGGCCUGUGUCUGCAGGAUGCCGUGUUCUGCUCAUAAACACUUGUGUCCUUUGACUCCACCCAGUGUCCUGGCCUCGAGCCUUCGUCCAGCCCUCCACACUUGCCUUUGGAUUCAGUUUGGAAUUUUCACUGCCACAUGGACUCUGGAGAAGCUCUCCCAAUCCCCAUUUGGAAAUGAAGUCAGUGUUUUUCUCGGCGAGUCCUCUGCACCUGCCUGCUGUGAGCCAUCACCCGCCAGGGGCAGCUGCAGCCUGGCUCAGACGCCCAGGUGCUGCCCAGGGCCCAGGACCAGUAUUACCUGUGAAGGAUCGAGGAGCCCCCCCCAGCCCGGGGCUAAGUGUGGAGACACGUGCCCAGGACUCACCCAAGCGUAGGCCGGCUGGUCUGCUGUCCUGGCCAUUAGCUCAAGAAAGGGCGUCUGCUGUGCUAACGGCUGGGAUCAAAGCUAAGUGAAUUCUCAAACGGGAGAGCUGCUGACCCUUUUCGCUCUGGUCUCAUUAUCGUAAUUAACAGCGCUUGGCAGGAGUGUUGAGAUGCAUUGACUGUGCCGCUCUGGCUGCCCCCGGAGCCCAGAUACCAGCUAGCUCCUAGUCGUGGAAUCGCGCCGUCUUUGGCCUCUGUGACUGCCUCAUGUCACUGAGCAGGAUGUCCUCAAGGUUCGCCAGGUCACACCAGGCGUUGGAGUCUCCUCCGUGUUAAGGCUGAAUCGUACGUGUGUGUGCCACGUUUUGUCCACCUACUCGUCUGUCAUGGACGCUGGCUUGCUUCCAUCUCGGAGGUCGUGCACCAUGCUGCUCUUCCUGCAUCCUGUCCCUGUGGGAACGGGCCCAGAGUGGGAUCGUGUCGAGUGCCCGAGGCGGUUCUGGGGUACCUGUACUGUUCCCACGUCUCUGGCGAUUCUGAAGUACGGCCGAGUUCAAGAACCAUUCGUCUACACCAGGGAGUCUCUUGUUUGCAUGUGCAGAAAGCAGCACGCAUCCUUCCUAACGUUUGCUGCGCUGGCGGUGAACGUAGCCGAGCAGGGAGACAGACAACAGAUAAGGAAACCAGUGGUUGCAUGAGCCUCAGGGUUUCCAUGGAAACCCCACUGCAAAUCAGCCCCAAGGCCGAGCAAAGCCUCUGCAGAGCCGUGGUCCAGCCCCAUGGGAAACUGUCACUGUGACCACAGGUUAACGCUCUGUGCAGACCUGCACCUGCUUCCUGUUCCCCUCCUUCCUUCACCCCAUUCUCUGUCCUCUGAGCCAUGGGGUCUUCCCUUCCCUUUGGAGGUUCCACUGAGAGCAGGCUGAAUGUGCCCUGGGACCCCUCACCACCUGGUGCAGGGCUGGGGACACAAGCCAGACGCAGGUAUGGACACCCUAUACUGAUGCCCACUCAUGCCAUCACACAGGCCGUGGUAGACCCAGGGGGCGCUUUGGAGAGUGACGAGAAGGACCAGCGUUUGUGUGAUGCGACGUGCCGUGUGUGUGUGUAGUGAGGGCAGAGGGGGGGACAGGCUCAUGCCCUGGCCAGGGCAGCUGGGGAGCAGCUGCAGAGCUGUCAGUGGGCGACGAGGGGUCCCCGGCUUGCGGGGGGGAAGCGCAAAUGUGUCUCUACCUGCUGUUUUCUCCAACUUCCUCUGCAAAUCUUGAAUAAGCGAUUGCGUGAACUAAUGAAUGAGAAACGGACUUGUUGUAAAGGUCAAGCGUUUCUGACGUACUUAGAACAGCGCUCACUCGGCGGCACUGCGGUGUAAGUCAGAGCGAGGAGCGCCGUCUACACCGACAGGAUCAUGGGAGGCCACCUGGACCUUCUGUUCGGGGUGAUGCUUGCGGCCAGCCCUGUGCUUGCGAUUCCUUCCUGCGCCUCCGACGGUCAGAGGGCCUUGUAUCGCUCCUGCAACCUCACCCAGGUGCCGCCGGUCCCCAGCACCACCCAGGUCCUCCUGCUCAGCUUCAACUAUAUCCGGACUGUCACAACCACGUCCUUCCCCUUCCUGGAGCAGCUGCAGCUGCUGGAGCUCGGGACUCAGUUUACCCCCUUCACCAUUGGCAGAGAAGCCUUCAGAAACCUGCCCAACCUGAGGGUCUUGGACCUGGGCAAUAGUCAGGUGGAUUUCCUGCAUCCCGAUGCUUUUCAGGGGCUGCCCCACCUGCUUGAACUAAGACUCCUCUACUGUGGUCUGUCCGAUACUGUGUUACAAGAUGGUUAUUUCAGAAACUUAGGGUCUUUGUCUCGCCUGGACCUGUCCAAAAAUGAGAUUCGUAGCCUUAAGCUUCAUCCUUCAUUCUGGGAAUUGAAUUCCCUGAAGUCCAUUGAUUUUUCCCUCAACCAGAUCCCCAUCGUGUGUGAACACGAGCUCCAGCCGCUCCAAGGGAAAACCCUCUCCCUGUUCAACCUCGCUGCCAAUCACCUGUACAGUAGGGUCUCCGUGGACUGGGGCGCGUGCAUGAACCCGUUCACAGACAUGGUCCUGGAAACCCUGGACGUUUCUGGCAAUGGCUGGACCGCGGACAUCACAGGGAACUUCAGCAGGGCCAUCAGCGGGAGCCGGAUCUCCUCCCUGGUUCUGGCCCACCACAUCAUGGGGCCCGGGUUUGGCUUCCAGAACAUCAGGGACCCUGACCGGGACACGUUUGCCGGCCUGGCCGGGAGCGCGGUACUGCGGCUGGAUCUGUCCCAUGGCUUUAUCUUCUCCCUGAACUUCCGACUCUUUGAGGCCCUCAAGGCCUUGAAGCUCCUGAACCUGGCCCACAACAAGAUAAACAGGAUUGCGGGAGAAGCAUUUUAUGGCCUUGACAGCCUCCAGGUUCUUAACAUGUCAUAUAACCUUCUGGGGGAGCUUUACAAUUCCGAUUUCUACGGACUCCCUCAGGUAGCCUAUAUUGAUCUUCAAAACAAUCAUAUUGGGAUCAUUCAGGACCGGACCUUCAGGUUCCUGAAAACAUUGCACACCUUGGAUCUCCGGGACAAUGCUCUUAAAACAAUUUCUUUCCUGCCAAGCAUAAAUACUAUCUUCUUGAGUAGCAAUAAACUGGUGACCUUGCAGAACAUGAGACUUAAAGCCAACUUCCUCCACUUAUCAGAGAACAGGCUAGAAGAUCUGGACGAUCUCUACUUCCUCCUCCGGGUCCCUGACCUCCAGGUCCUCAUUCUGAAUCAAAAUCGCUUUUCCUCUUGCAGCCGAGCUCACGGCCCUACAGGCAGCCGCAGCUUAGAAAAGCUUUUCCUUGGAGGAAACAUGUUGCAGCUUGCCUGGGAAACCGGCUUCUGCUGGGAUGUGUUCAAGGGGCUCUCCCGGCUCCAGAUCCUUUAUCUGAACAACAACUACUUGACCUUCCUCCCGCCGGGGGCACUUAGUGAUCUGACUGCUCUGAGGGGCCUCGACCUCAACUCCAACAGGCUGACGGCUCUUGCUCCUGGCGACUUGCCUGCGAACCUGGAGGUGCUGGACGUGUCCAGGAACCAGCUCCUGUCCCUGGACCCCGACUUGUUUGCGUCCCUCAGGGCCGUGGACAUAACGCACAACAGGUUCAUCUGUGAGUGUGACCUCCGUCCUCUCAUCACUUGGCUCAACCAGACCAACGUCACUGUAUUCGGGUCUCAUGCAGACAUCUACUGCAUGUACCCCAACGAGCUCGCGGGGACCCCCCUCUCCUCUGUGUCCAUGGAGGACUGCGAUGAGGAGGAGGUCUUGAAAGUCAUAAAGUUGUCCCUUUUCAUCUCAUCCACGGUCACUCUGACUCUGUUCCUCGUGACCAUCGUUGUGGUCACCAAGCUCCGGGGCCUUUGUUUCAUCUGUUACAGGGCGGCCCACAGACUGCUGCCCACGGUCUAUGCUGAGCGCCGCGAGUCCGACACAUACAAAUACGAUGCCUACCUAUGCUUCAGCGGCAGAGACUUCGAGUGGGUGCAGAGAGCUCUGCUCAGACACCUGGAUGCUCAGUACAGCGACCAGAACAGAUUCAACCUGUGCUUUGAAGAAAGAGACUUCGUCCCGGGGCGGGAGCACAUCGCCAACAUCCAGGAUGCCGUGUGGGGCAGCAGGAAGGUGGUCUGUCUCGUGAGCAGACACUUCCUCCGAGACGGCUGGUGCCUGGAAGCCUUCACUUAUGCCCAGAACAGGUGCGUGUCUGACCUGGACGGCGCCCUCAUCCUGGUGAUCGUCGGGUCCCUAUCCCAGUAUGACCUGAGGAAGCAUCAGUGUAUCAGAGGGUUUGUGCGGAAGCGACAGUACUUGAGGUGGCCCGAGGAUCUCCAGGACUUUGGCUGGUUCCUUCACACACUCUCUCAGCACAUUCUGAAGAAAGGGAAGGACGCCAAGAGGGACGGUAGCAUCCCACUGCAAACUGUGGCGGCCGUCUCCUAGUCAAGGAGCAUUUUCAGCUAAUCCCAAGCCACAGACCACACUUAUCCUUUUGAGGUCCUGUUUUGGAGCGGUUUUGUCCUACUAGGAACACAACACAGCUCUUGACUCUCCUAGCUGUGUGAUGCCUGUCUCACUGACCCGAAAUGGAAAGGAAUCUUGUUCUCUCCGCUUGCACCAAUCCCAGGACACGCCCUUGUUGUGGGAAGGGCACCCACUGGGAGAGGCGUCCCAGAUGGCUGAGAGCCUUUCUCCGGCGCUCACUUGAUCGGCAAGGGGUGCCCUGUGCUCUGCAGAACAACACUGAGGAGGAAGCUCAGAAAAGAGGGAGUGCUUCCUGCCUCCCCCACUGUCUGGGGGCAAGCGGUGGCCCCUACGGAAGCCAGCGGGAGAGUACCUGGGUGUUGUUGUGGCCAUAGUGCACUCCCUGUUCCUCGUGAGCUCUUCUUUGCACACGGCCUGCGUUCCCCUUCGUUGUCUCCCACACCCUGCUCGCUCAUCAGCUGUGCAGGCUGCUGCACGGAGAGCCUGGUUCCAGGCCUGAUUCUGGGGCUCGGGGGCUGUGUGACCUCGAGCACGUGACACACCCUCUCUGGGCCUGCUUUCUCAUCUGCAGGCCUGGUGCUAUCUACCAAGGACGUCAGGCUCCUCAGAUCUUCCCUUAGUUGCCUUGCUGGUCACAAGGGCGUGCACACACAGAGGGGCCUUCUGGAGGCAGUUGAAACUUCCCUGAAGUUGUAUUUUUUUUAUCUUAAAGGAUAUCUCUAUAUAUUUUGCA